AUGGACCAGACCAACCCCACAAACACCAGCAUGAGUCCCAUGGGGCCGUUCAAGAUCACCGUCUAUGACCAGGAGCACUUCCAGGGCAGACGCAUGGAGUUCACUGCAGCCUGCCACAACAUCAUGGAGUGCGGAAUGGACAACAUCCGCUCCUUCAAGGUGGAGUGCGGCGCCUGGGUGGGUUACGAGCACUCCAGCUUCUGCGGGCAGCAGUUCGUCAUGGAAAGGGGUGAGUAUCCCCGCUGGGAUGCCUGGAGCGGCAGCAACGCCUACCACAUAGAGAGGAUGAUCUCCUUCAGGCCCAUCUUCUCUGCGUGUCAUAAGGAGUCUAGGAUCAUUGUGUUUGAGAGGGAGAACUUCAUGGGGAGGCAGUUUGAGAUGUGCGACGACUACUCCUCCCUGCAGGCCAUGGGCUGGUGCAACAACGAGGUCGGAUCCAUGAAAGUCCAGAGUGGAGCGUGGGUGUGCUACCAGUAUCCUGGCUACCGUGGCUACCAGUACAUCCUGGAGUGUGACCGGCACGGAGGCGGGUACAAGCACUAUAGGGAGUACGGCUCCCACGCCCAGACCUUCCAAAUCCAAUCCAUCCGCCGCAUUCAGCAGUGA